CCCACCCAAACAAAAAGCUCGAACACCCUCCCAGACACAUCUCUGUCUCCCGGCCAGCUGAUCCACCGUCAGUCACCCGGAAUUAUUACGAGAAAAACCGAACUUCCGUUAACCGGCUCCCUUCUCUUUCUCUACCGUUCAUUCCCCCGCCCCCCCGCCCCCCCCCCCCCCCCCGACCGGGCGGCUCGUCACUUCACCUCCCCGUUGCGCAACCGAAACCGGGUUAGCUAACUGCCGCUUUCAGAACCCAAACGGCAGCAGCCGGAGAGAUGACAAGCGGUUUGUCGGUCAAACGGGUCUGACCGCCUCGGGUCGGAUCGGAUACACUCGGCUCGGCUCGUGCUCGGCAUGUCGAGGGAUAUUUGUUGACUCAAGCGAGCCACCAGUUACCAUGAGUGCAAUGCGUGUGGACGCCAAAGUGGUGAUGCUGGGAAAGGAGAGCGUGGGGAAGACCAGCCUGGUGGAGAGAUACGUUCAUCAUCGCUUCUUGGUCGGCCCCUACCAGAAUACUAUCGGUGCUGCUUUUGUUGCCAAACCAAUCCAGGUGGGAGAGAAAGUGAUCACCCUGGGAAUAUGGGACACGGCUGGAUCGGAGCGCUACGAAGCCAUGAGCAGAAUCUACUACAGAGGAGCCCGGGCUGCCCUAGUCUGCUACGACAUGACUGACAGCAGCAGCUUCCAGCGAGCUCGGUUCUGGGUGAAGGAGCUGCAGAACUGCGAGGAACACUGUAAGAUCUACUUGUGCGGCACAAAGAGCGACGUGAUUGAGGGAGAUCGAAGCCAGCGGCAAAUCGACCACCACGACGCUCAGGACUUUGCUGACGAGAUUGGUGCGCUGCAUUUUGAGACCUCCAGUAAAACAGGAAAUAACGUGGAUGAGUUGUUCCAGAAAGUUGCUGAGGAUUACAACACUACUGCCUUCCAGUAUAUGACGGCAGAGGAAACGGGAGUGGACUUGGGCCAGAAGAAAGACUCAUAUUUCUACUCCUGUUGCCAUAACAACUAGUGCCGAGCAACAGGAAGGGAUACGGAAGGGGGUCGCCUUCCCUCGGACGGAGUAAAAACGUGGAUAUGCUGGCUGGAUGUCUCUGGAGCUGGAAUCCAAAUCGCAGGAAAAGUAAAAGUAAAAAUCAAGCGGUUUCUGUUAAACACUUGUUAGAUAGGUUUAUUUAUUUUGUGCCAUAAAGAACGGACGGCUGCAAGACUUUAUGGAAGAGGAUCUACUGCUGCUGUGGCUGUUGCUGGGUGGGAGAGGGAUUUAAAAAAACAAACAAACCCCCCCCCCCACUUCCUUUCCCCUCAGUUUUGUCCCUUUUUUGUUUUUUCUUCUGUAGCUUCUUGAACGGGACCGUGGAAGUAAACGUCUCUCUAAAGCGGUGGUGUUCAUCAAUCUGAAGUUGGACUGGCAGAGAGAACUUGAUUGUUUUUAGCAAGAAGUGCGUCAGGAGGGCGAAUGGUUUGUUUACAGCGGUUCAUUUUUUGUUUCCUCUCAUCGUCAUCUUCGAUGAAGACAAGUCGGCUAUAAAAAAAAGGAAAAGAAAAGAAAUCUAAACACUUUAUGUGCCCCAUCAUACUUACUUAAAAUGAAUUAUUCUUUUGCAAAUCUGGUAUAACUCGUGAAUUAAUUGAUACCAAUGAGCCUUAUAAAAAGGCCUUAAUACCCCCGCAGUCUUCAGUGUUUACAAAGACAUUAUGGAUGGAUUAGGAGAGCUGGAUAGGGCGCUGCCACGCCGAUGGUGGUCAUAUGUGGUACUGCACUUUAUUUAACAAAAUUCCUGGGCAAUCCUAAAAGCAAUUUUUUUUUUUUUUUCUUUUUUUUUUGGGCUUAUGCGCCGAGUGAGCGACUUUCCUUCAAAUGACUCCAGUUCUUAUAAUACAUCCGUAGUGACGGCACGGACCACACGUUUCUGGUACGUUUGCAGCAUCGGCUCCGAUUCUGAUUUGAAGGCGACUAAAAACGCCAACGUCUCUAAUUCAAUUGCAUGGCCUGAGCUCACUGAAAGACAACUAUAAAAAGGGACAUUUAAACUCUCUAAAUGAUCCAUUUUGUCAUUUCAAAUGCAAAAGUACACAUGUGGAAUUGUGGCCGUCAAUUUGUUUUCUUGCAGUCCUCUUGUGGCAGUGACAUGAUCCUCCGAAGCUCUGAAUGGUUUUAAGAAACGCUUCUUCAGGAAGAUGAUCACAUUUCUCUUCCGCUGUGGUGAGGAACUGCAUAUUUCACCAAAACCUUGUGGGCAAAUGUUGUAACGUGGCUCAAACUGUCAUCUCAAUGUCCUCAGCACAAUAUUUACAGCUGUAACACUCUUAAUUUAUUGCCUUAUUUUUAAGGAAGACGUGGGGAAAUAAAUUGACACGAUAUCGGUUUCCUCGAUGUUGCUGCUUUGAUGUGUUGACGUUUCGUGUGUUGAUAUUUUGAUGCACAAUAUUUUAUAUUGAGGGCUGUUCAAGACAGACCGGUGUCGAGUACAAAUAUGUUCUGUGAAAUUAAAAGCUUGUUAAAUUAA